AUAGUAAGGUUGCGUUUGGGGCUGCAUUUAAAAUUCCCGCAGAACAUGACGCAACUGGUCUAAACGGAUUAGGUUAUGCAUGGGUUUUUAUUUGUUGGGGCGUAAGAGUCUUCACGAUGAAAUAUAUCACGUAUAUCACGGCAUUUUGCGUCUUUCUCAGUUACGCUGCUAGAUGUCGCAUGAUUGCGACCGUAUCAAGCAGUGCUGGCGGCAAAGAUGUUAUAACUAGUAGUUAUAACUAAAUGUUAUAGUAGUGUAGUUACAAAGUCUUGGCUGGCGGCCAUACGACAUUAGCGGAAUGGCUGAGAAAGACACGAAAUAUCAUGAUCGUGAAGACUCUCUCACGCGCCAAAAAUAAAUAUUUAAGUAUAUGGAAAGCGCACCCUUCACUUUACAUCAUGAAACACAGGUGCUCAUAGGUUGGUUGAAUAGUCGACGGGGAUUCCCCCAUCUAGCGCUCACGAAACGUUGUUACAUAAUGUUUGCCACUGCAGUGCACAAACUGCACCUGACGCGAGACGCAUACACCAGUGUUCGGUCCAAAUCGGUGACGUAAUAAUGUACUGGUAAUUGGAGUAGACGUGGUGAGAUUGUAGUAUUGUCGUGACGAUUGUCACCGUACUCCUUGUGAUCCGAUCCAUUUAGAAUAUUAUAAGCAACUAAUUGUAAUUGAUGGUGCAAUUGAACAAAAAAAAAGUUUAAAAUUAGUAGUUUAAAAAUUGGACAAUUUCCUUGUUACUGCAACUUGUACUGUAUCUGAUUGAUCUACAAUAUAGUCUAUGUACAUUACUUCAAGAUUAUCUGUAAUAUUGGCUGCAAAAUGUCUGACAAAGUGGACGACGAACUAGUGAAAAUAUUUGAAGAUGGCCUGCGUCUUAACAGUGAUAAAGAAAUUUCCAAAUGCAGUGCAAUUCCAUCAAAUUUGGCUGGGCUUGAAUGCCCGUUCACUUGGAAGUUUGACUGUAAAUGUGAUGUUCCCGAUAUUGUGGAUCGUAUUGAGGGAAAGUUGGACGAAAUGGAUGAUGAUGAUGAGGAGUUAAUUCCGUGGAAAUCUUUUGUGUUAAAUCUGAUCCUGUGUUAUGAAUAUUCAAAGAAUGGAGACCUGGGGGACGCAGAGGAAAAACAAAGUAUUCUGGAUGAAAUUUUGGAGAAGUCUUUGGAUGAAAGUGGAUCUUCAGGUCCUGUCAUAGGUUUAGGACUAAAGCACAUCAGUUUGGCAUGUAAAUGCUUCUUGUUGCAUGCAUCCCAAUUAUACGAUGAAGUUGACAAUACUUUGACUGAAAUUGUGCCCUUUGAAGAUUUGAAAAACAAAGAUAAAGCAAGCGUUAUAAGCAUGAAAGGAGCAUGUUUUGCUGAAUUUGGAUAUUCAGGCAUUAGAGAUUCAAUUGAAUUGUUCGAAAAGGCACUAGAAAUAGACAAUGAAUGCGGGGAGUGGUAUUUUUUGUUGGGCAGAUCGUUGAGUCGGUUAAGAAGAUUAGAGAAGAGAAGUGCAAUACCUGAUCAAAGAGAGUUGAAAUCUCUGGAACGUGCAGUAGAGAUUUCAAAUUAUGUUUCAUUUAUGGUAUUACUCGCUCAGAGCUACCGCGAGACUGCACGAAAUAUCUUCAUUGAAAAAAAGAAAGAAUUAAGAUCGUUUAAACCAUUCUGCGAUUCCCUCAAUCAAAAAUCUUUGGAACUAUAUAAGAGAGUGUUACGGCAAGACAAAAUCAACGUUCAUGUCCUUAUAAGAUGUGGUUUAGGAUUCAUGAAGUUGCCAAUGCCAUGGAAAGAUCUUGACAAUGCUAAAACCUGCAUUCUAAAUGCACUUGACAUUGCCCCCAAAAACCCUAUGGCCAAUCAUGUAGCAGGAACAUACUAUACUACAGUGAAAAAUUAUAAACUAGCAAUGGAGUACCUAUCUAAGGCAUGCACAUAUGGAGUGUUUGGUGCUGAAAUAGACUUGAUUGUACUGAAGUCGCAGAUUAAUGAAACAUAUGUUCCUGUUGCUGAUAUUGAAAGGUUACUGGAAGUAUAUAAAGAGAAACCACAUCAGGAGUCUACGUUGUGUUUAUUGGGAGCAUAUUAUCAUUUUUCUGAGAAUAACUUUAAGAAAGCAUUCACUUACUGGUCUCAAGUUAUUGAAUUGGAUAUUAACUCUGAAAAAUUGAAGGUUUAUUAUGAUGCCAUUGCCCGUUGUCCCUGGAAUAUCAACAAAAUUAUUGUUACGGAAAUUAUGAAAUUGUUGAAUGCUGGAGAUGUCAGUGAAUCUGAGACAACAUUGUUUGAGCAAACAAUAACAAAGUACAUUAGGCAUCAUCCUGGAUUAAUAGUUUCAGCAACAGAUAUAGAUGUUUCCCUGUAUAAAACUAAAGCAUUUGAAUAUAAAUCUUGGAAAAAUCAUUCUAUUGAUAAAAAGUUCUUUUCAGGACAUUCGUUUAAAAGUAAUGAUCCUCUAGGUGGUAGGGGCAAGAAAAAUGCUUCUUCCAGCAAUGAGUCUUCAUUCUUUAGAGUUUCUGGCCAGGGACAGUUCCAUAGUGGUCCAUCUGCUCUCUCGGAUGAUAGCAAAGCCAGUGGCAGCCGCAAUGCUAGAGGCAGGGAAAGGGAUGUCAAAGGAAGCAGGGGUAGAGGGUGGGGCAGAGAUCAGGGCAGAUGGGGGGGUGCAGGGGGUUCAGAUGACAGAGACAGAGGUGUGGAGACUGAAAGGAGAAAGGGUGGAAAGGCUGGUGAACUUUCCUGGGGGACAGAGGAGCAGCCCAAGUCAGGGACUCAUAAAAGUAAUACUGGUGCUGUGAAAAAGAACUUUUAUCAUGGAGCAAAGUCUACCACUGGCAGCUGGAGAACCGGUUCUAAUUAGAAUAUUUUUAUUCACCUGCGGGACAUAUGAAUUGGUGUAAUCAGAAAUUUGGGGGGAAUAUGAUCUUGUAUGGUUCUAAGAAAUGUGUGAAUGACAAUCUUUAUUUUUAUUGUUUGUGGUAUCCUAAUAGUUAUUAACUAUUCAAAAUAUCUGCUCUUAGACGUCGCUGGCAUUGAUAUCCAAAUUCCUUAAAUAUGCUCCAUAAUUCACAGAGAAUGUUCUUAUGAAAACAUAAUAGAGAUUAUUGUUUUUAAAAAUGAAGUUCUAGAAAUCAUUUAUUAUAUUGUUUUGUGUCACCAAUGAAAUAUAUUUUGUAUAUUGAUCAAAAUAAAGAAAUCAAAGGAAACAACAACAAAAAUUAUUUCAAGAAAUUAUUGCCUUAGUAAUGUGAUGUCCCCUCCUAUGU